AACAACAUAUCAAAUGUCACUUGUGAAAGGAAAUUCUUAGUUCAACUGAAAUGGGUUCCACUUUUUCUGGUUACACACGUUCCCCUAGAGUUUCUGAUAUCAAAGGAAGAAAGAGAACACUUAACGAAGAUGACAGUGAUGACGAGAGUGAGGCAAAUGAAGUUCUACACACCCCGCAACGAAAAAAGAUGAAGUCCACUUCCAAGUACAUCUACAAUGCACUGUUUGUGAAUGGGGAGAAUUCUGACAUCUCAAUACAUGCCCUAGGGAAGGACUGGCCUCUUCACAAGAUAUAUCUUUGUCAGUCGAGUUACUUUGCGAGUAUGUUCAAUGGGUCAUGGAGAGAAUCAAAGCUCACCGAGAUAGAUAUUGAUGUACCAGACACAAACAUUGAUAAAGAGGCCUUACAGAUCGCCCUUGGCUCGUUAUACAGAGAUGACGUACUCAUAGAACCUGUCAAGGUUGUUUCCGUGCUUGCCGCCGCUUCACUUCUUCAACUAGAAGGACUUAUCCAACAGUGUGCUGAUAUUAUGACUGAAACCAUUAGUCCGAAGACAGUGUGUAGCUACCAUUCAGCAGCAACAUCUUAUGGCUUACAACAAGUGGCAAAGAGUUGCUUUGAGUGGUUGGAGCUGAAUUUGAUGGUUGCACAGAAACCAACAUUACUAAGGGAACUUAGCUCUGAGUUAUUUGAGAAAGUGAUCCAAUCUCCCAACCUCUUUGUGCUACAAGUGGAGAUGGAUGUCUACUCUAUGGUUAAAAAGUAUGUGUUCUUGAAGCUGACACCUUCAUGGCAGGGAGAUUCCAAGAUGCUCGGAAGAGAAGCUGAUAAAUACUUCAGGAGAUACAAUGCAGGUUGUUUUCUGAAGUCUGACGUGGGGGCGCCCUACGCUCGUCUCUUCUCUGUGUUAAGAUUAGGAAGCAUCAUCAAUGAGCCAAGUUCCUGUAGACAUGUAGAAGAUGACAAGAUUAUUAUGCAAGAUUUUCUACUGCCAGUGUACAGACAGCAAUGGCAGCACAUGUUAGCCGUGGAGCAUGGCCAGGACCUAGGGCCGAAGGAUGAGACGGUCUCUGCAGAUCAGUUUGAUCAGCUCAGUAUGAGAUGUGGACGAAUCAUCAAAAAAGACGCAGAGUAUUGCUGGAGGUGGACAGGGUUCAAUUUUGGAGUUGAUCUUCUUGUCACAUUUACAAAUAGGUUGAUUAUUUUGAGGCGGAAUACGGGUACUCAUCCUGUCACAGCUAGUGUCAGUCUACAGAAUAGCAGAAAUAUCAUGUUUAGAAUAAGAGUUGUUUCCUAUGACAGUCAGGGUCAGAUCUUGUAUCAGAAGCUGAGUGAUUUAACUCCACUAGCGCUACACAAAGAUGAGGAGAUUGUGGUAUUAAACAUUGACCGACACGCCCCUUUCCCAAUGCAAAUAGGGGUGAAUGUGAUGUGCGUGACUCCGCCCCAACCGGUCGUAGAGACGGCAGAGAGUUUAACCCUUCAGCAACCAACCCAAAGGCAGCAGCAACUCUCGGGUCAAGAUGAAUGAGCUACUGUUCAGGGAAUAAAAGUCUCAAGAAUAAACUGAUGAACUUCAAACCAUUGCCUGGAGCCGAUAUCUAGCCAAGAUAUGGACUUGAGGUCAUGAAUUCCAAGUAAAGCAUCUAAACUAUUAUGUGGUGUAUUAUAACAGUAGACCCUAAGCUAGACAUACAAGCCAUCAAACAUGUGAAAGGACUUCAGCGGUGUUCCAAACGUCAGCUUUGCCUGUGUUUUGUGUACAACUGCUCUACAAGCCUUGGGGAAAGUUGCUUUGAAGAUAGAUGUGCACCAUUUUUAUGUUUGAACCUGCCUGUUGAUUCCUCGUCACAUUCACCCACUUUACAACUCUGUAGCAGGAUGCUCAAGUUCCACGUUUGUAUACAGGAAGACUUUAUUUCAAGCUGGUAAUUUGUUGAUCAACAAGCUACUCUGAAGAUAGUAUGUGGUCUGUGACAUGCAAAUAUCUUCAACCGCAACCUUGGUUAGUUUGUACUGCGGUGCAAACAUCUUCAACCUCAUCCUUGGUUAUUUUGUACUGUGGUGCAAACAUCUUCAUCCGCAACCUUGGUUAGUUUGUACCAUUAUGCAAACAUCUGCAACCGCACUCAACCUUGGUUAGUUGGUACUGCGGUGCAAAACAUCUUUAACCGCAACCUUGGUUAGUUUGUAAUGUGGUGCAAACAUCUUCAAACGCAAUGUUGGUUAGUUUGUACUGCGGUGCAAACAUUCAGAAAGCUCAAGCUUUCAAGUUUGAAUUUGGUUCCUAAACUGCUUUUGAACAAGUAUACGUUGGGGUUUCCUCUUCUUCCGUUAGGAACACCAAAUCACCAGACUUUGUACCGUUAUCGAUGUAAGAACUUUGUGCUUAAGAAUAUUUUGUAUGAGAGGCAAUUUCCAAAGAAUGAUAUGAAACUGAUAAGGAUUAAUGUACCUGUAAGGAUCAUAGCAAAAAGAGAAGAGAAUUUGGGAUUACAUAGAAAUUCAGAGGUUAUUUUUGUUUUCCUUUAUUAAAGUAUGAGACAAGGUGGGAGGGUUUUGAUGACUUAGCUGUUCUUUUUUAUUGUUACAAGGUAUAAGAAACGGUUCAAGAAGGAAGUAGCAUCCUAAUAAAUACAGAUGCAAAUAUUUAUAAGGGGGUGAUGAUGACACUAUCAUUUUGUUAAAAUGCAUACAUUUGAGAAUUUCUUUUUGUUUUGAUGUUCUUUUUAAUUUAGACAAUACUUCUGUUAUUCAAUUUGCAUUUGUUUACAAUGUAGUGUAAAUGUAAAAGUAUUAAACGAGAACAAAAAUGUACCCAUAAAUAUACAUUUAGAUGAAAGGUGCUAUCAAUGAAAGAAGUGUAAAUUUCUUGUAAUAUUUCUUCCUGCAUAAAACAGAUGUUUAGAAAUUACUGAAAUUCUGUCUUAAUUUAUUAUUUUUAGGUGCAAUAUGAAUAUGUUAGAGGAAUGAUUACAGUGGUUCUGUUCUAUAAUUUGUUUUAUUUUCUCUUCUAGUUUCCCAUGUCAUCCUUUCUCUUACCUUUCUCCUAUUCAUUGCAUUCAGUCACAUUGCUACUGUAGAUAAUCUUUGGAUCUGGGAUACAAUCUUUUGCUCUUAAGUAGGGAUCUCCUCUCAUCACCUACGCAUUCUGUUUAAAAUUGUGCAUCUUAAACAUUCAGUACCUGAAUAUAUGAGUGUAUCCCUGAAUAUUAUCCAUUUAGGGAUAAUCUUGAGUAGGGAUCUCUUCCCAUUACCUAUGCAUUCUGUCGUGCAUUGUGCAUCUUAACAUUUGGUACCUGAAUAUACAAGUGUAUCCCUGAAAAUUAUUCAUUUAGGGGUAAUCUUUAAUAAAAAAACUGAUCACUGGAAAACAUAUUAUUCCCAAAUCCAGCUAUCCUCACCUACAAAAUUUGAUAUACAUUUAGAUAGCCGCACACCACAUUGCAUCAGAGAAACAGAAGUAACCUAUCCUGCCUCCUUCAAUAGAUGGCUGAAAAUGUACAUAUUCCACUGAAGUUUAAUGUUGUCUGAUUCAUUUGAUUCUUUGGAUUUUCCCUUAUCUUUGAGUAUGUAAGCACUACCAUACUCCCAACAAUAUCACAUAUAUGUAUUGUAUUCAGAAGUGCAUUUUAAAAUUGAAAUAUCUUAUGGAAUAAACAGAUAAAUAAAACCAAAUAGAAGAAGAAAAAAUCAUACAAAUAUCCACAAAGUUAAGAUGUAUUUUGUUUUAGCCUUCUUCUAAGCAGUAGCUUGGACUGUACUGAAACUUUCUGUAAACUUUAGGAAAAUUGCAAUCCCUUGCCUUGAGUGCAUUUUGCAACUUAUGUGAAGAUAGGAAUUAUUGUGAAUAUGAAAUAUAAUUAGUAGUUUGAUAGUCUAGGAAUACUAACCUGUAAUUAACUCAUUUUAUAUUAAUCAAGUAUGUAUAUUUUGCUUGAUAUUACAACUUGUGAAUUACUUUAUGACUCACAUGAUAUCUGUGUAAAGUAAACCUACAGCAUUUACUUGUAGCUUGCCAUUUGAAAUACUUAUUGUAACACAAUUACUCAAGCUUUCAAGAAGUCAACCUGACGCAAUAUCAAUCGACUAGUUCAUCACGUUUUGAAAUGUGUGAAAAUUACAAUGAUAUAUUACAUAAUCAAAGAUAGUUUUAUGAGUAAUAGAGCAGGGUAAUGAAAUCUUCCUUGAGUUGGUUUCUUGACAGUCUUUGCAAUCAUGC